AUGACAGGCGAAGGAAAUCGUGAAGAAACAGACCAUGUGAUGUCUUUUCUGAAUGGAGGCGAUAUAACCCAGAUAGACCAGGAUAAAUGGGCCACGUAUCUCGAUAAACAUAAACUAAGCAGUACAAAGUCAAGGCAAGAAUCACAAUCGCCUGAUAUCAGUAGCUCACCUGAAGAAUCACAGUCUAAUAAACCAAAUAGACGUGUGCCUCCCCCGCCUGUUCGAAUGGUCACUAGAGGAGUGAGUGGUGCAGUUCGACCAAAGAGUGUCGAAGAGAUUUUAUCUAGUUUAGAUCAAAAAGAUUUAGGCGCUCCAUGUACACCAACACCAAGAAGUACAUCACCCUCAAAACAGUCAUCACAAGUAUCUCCCAGCAGCCGUAAAGAUAAAGCAACAACAACAAUCAAAAUCAACAGCACUUUGGUUGAUUCUGACUUGAAGGACUCGAAUGAAAUUGUUUAUAACGGCUUUAAAUUAUCAGAUUUUACUAGCGCAACGUCAUCAAAAGAAAACGAACCACUCAAUCUUUAUGCUUGGCAUUUGAAAGCAACCUAUUUUCCACUAUACAAACAGUUGCAAACAGCUCGAAAAACUCUGUCGACACAUGAUUGGUUGCUUGCUCGAGAUGAAUUAAAAUCUGUCAAAGCGAUCCAAAAAAUUGAGGCAUUGAAGAAGAAGAAUUUAUGGAGCUUAAGGCAGUUAAAAAAGCAUAAAGCACCACCUCGAGCGAAGAGUCAUUGGGAUUGUAUGUUGGACGAAAUGAAAUGGAUGCACACAGACUUUAAAGAGGAGCGAAAGUGGAAAAUAGCAUCAGCCUAUAUGAUAGCAAAAGCCGUAUUAGAGUGGCAUAACGCGGAAGAUAAAUCAACUGUAUGCCUUAAAACUAGAAUUCCUGAACCCAAGAAUUUAAUUGAUUCUCCUACAUCCAUGAUUGCAGAUGAUAAAAUGACACUUGAAACGAUACCCAAAUCCAUAGAAGAACAGGUGGAUAGUAUAACUUCUCCAAAUCAUAUGCAGGAACUUAGUGACAACGUAUCUGGAAAGCAGUCUACAGAUCCAAUGAAGACGGACGUGAUGAUGGGCAGCACAGCAGAUCUCGUCAUGGAUGAGACUGAAAAGAAAGCAGCAGCAUCCGCGAUUUCUGAUUCCAUGCCUUCUACUCCUAACACAGCUGUUGCUUCUUUAUCAUCAGACGUUAUUCAGGAAUACAGAAAUACUAUCAAAAACCUGGAUCCUUAUACGCCCAUCAUAACAUUACCUAUGGAAGACCUUGGAGAUUUCAGUGCAAACGCAUUAUUUCCGGAUCUACUUAAUUAUGAACCACCAAAUCCUGAUUUUAAUGAUCCCUAUUUCAACGAACUCGAAUUCAGUCAAAUUACACCUAUAUCACGACUUAGUUUGGAAAACAUCAAACUCAAAGUUCCUGAGCGUUAUAGUCGAAAGAGAGAUGUGCAAGGCAACCCUAUCCUCAUUCGCGAAUCGAUUACAGACAACAUAAAAACUUUACCAAAACUAGAACGAUAUAAUACUACAUCACUCGUGUCACCUUUAUUCGCCUCUAGGAAGCAAAGGGAUCUACCAGCACAACAGCCUACAGCACCUAAAACGCCCAAAGAUGCACAGCCAUCAUCUGUUCCGUGGUCAGAAGAAGAUGAUUUGUGCUUGAUACCUCUCAUCGCCGAGUUCUCGUUUAAUUGGGACCUUAUCUGUGAUGCUUUCAAUUCAGCAAGAUAUCCUAUGACAGGCUAUAAACGAACAGCUUGGGAAUGCCAUGAGCGUUGGAGACGUAAAAACUUGACAAAUCUCUUUGGACAAGUAAAUAAUGCUUAUACAUCAAAACUCAUCAAAGAACUCAACCGUAGACCAAUGUCUAUGGGAUUUGAUUCGGCACAGAAACGUCAACGACAAUUUGGCAUUUUUGAGGCUAUGAAGAAAACGGCGAAAAAGCGCGAAGAAGCUGAAACGCAUUCAUCGACAUCUUCCGCUCCUCCUCACCAAACAAUAGAAGUACACGGUACAAACAGUGCAGGUCAACGUUUACCGACAGCAAUGGAAAUGAGUUUACACAAAGCACAAAGAGAAAGACAAAUGGCACAAGCCAUGUUGGAACAACGUCAACUAUCCGCCGCAUUGAAUCUAGGUUCCCAAGCUGCUGCACUGGGUCAUAGGAACAACACUCCUCAACCACAACCUCAGACUCCUCAACCACAGCCUCAGGCACAGACGCCGUUAAGACCUCCUCUACCUUCCAAUAUUGCUGCAGUUGCAGCUGCUCAAGCGCGCGCAGCAGUCGCAGCAACAAGAAGUCCAACCGUCGAUUCUCAAAAUCAAGUUAGACCUCAUCCAAUGCCUAUACCACAAACCGCAAAUGCUGCAGGCCUUCCUGUAAAUAGAUACCCAGCUGCCCAGCUUCAAUUACUGAGACAACAGCAAAUGAUGUUAAUGGCAGCAGCCCAACAACAAGCGCAACAGCAGCAACUGCAGGCUGCAGGAGCUAAUGGGCAAGCCCGGCCAUUGACUCCAGCCGCAUUACAACGAUUCGCCAGUGCACUACAAGCACAGCAGCAACAACAGCAACAACAGUUGCAGCAGCAAUUACAGUUACAACAAGCGCAGGCGCAAACACAAGUUCAUGGCCAACAUCCAACAGCCUCACAAGCGCAGCUGCAACAACUAGCCCAACAACAUGCACAAGUGCAGGCUCAGACUCAGGCUCACCAGCAAGCACAAUUACUAGCCGCUCAACAACAUCAGCAAUUAGCAAAACAUACUACCCAACAAACGCCUGUAGUUCCCAGCGCUGAAACAGUUGCUCAGCAAGUUUCUCAAAUGGCAUCACCUGCUGUUACACAACAGCAACAAAGUCCUCAACCGCACCCUCCUGCUCCUUCUCAAACAACUCCUCAAUCAUCACCACAACCUCAAAUACAACCUCAAGUACAACCACAGCAACCACAACAACUUACACCGCAGCAACAACAACAACAAGCAGCUCUUGCGGCUCAAUUACAGGCUGCCCAAGCCAAUCCACUCAUGUUUGCAGCUCAAUUAGCUCAAAUGGGAUACCCUAUAUCGCAACUACCAGCAAAUCAACAACUUCAGUUACAACGCUAUCUAGCUCAUCUUCAAAUGAGGAAUACCGCUGUUGCUGCUGCCACCGCUGCUGCUGUUUCAAAUGGCAACCCUAAUACUACCACUGCCGCUCCUACCAAUAAUAAGAAUAAUAAUAGUAAUCCUGUUAUACCUUCGCAGCCACAGCAAUUACCAACACAACAAACACUUCCCCAACAGACACAGACGCAAACGCAGCCACCACAAACAAUGCAACAGCAGCCAUCACAACAACAAUAA